GCCGCCUCGGCCAGCAGAGACCCCUCCCUGUCUGGACCCCGACCCCACCUCGGGACUCUUAUCACAUCACCUCCUCCUGGCAGCUACCCUGAUUGCCUUCACCUCCAUUCUUGAAAACUGGGAUCUCAGCAGAAGGUGACUGACACCUUGAGUAAGUGCCCUCGUGGCCUGCUGCUAAGAGGGGCAAGCCCCCUGGGAUGCGGAACACCACACUCAGAUUCAUCAGUUCGAGUUGCCUGAGAUCCUGCUACCCCACAGACCAUGUUUAACGGGGAGCCAGGUCCGGCCUCGGCUGCGGCCUCCAGGAAUGUGGUGAGGAGCUCCAGCAUCAGCGGGGAGAUCUGCGGAUCCCAGCAGUCUGGGGGCGGGACUGGGACCACCACAGCCAAGAAGCGCCGCAGCAGCCUCGGGGCCAAGAUGGUGGCCAUCGUGGGCCUGACGCAGUGGAGCAAGAGCUCGCUCCAGCUUCCCCAGCCUGAAGGGGCCACCAAGAAGCUACGCAGCAACAUCCGGAGGAGCACAGAGACUGGCAUCGCCGUGGAGAUGCGGAGCCGCGUCACGCGCCAGGGCAGCCGGGAGUCCACCGACGGCAGCACCAACAGCAACAGCUCCGAGGGCACGUUCAUCUUUCCCACCACCCGGCUGGGGGCCGAAAGCCAGUUCAGUGAUUUCCUGGAUGGGCUGGGACCAGCCCAGAUUGUGGGCCGACAGACACUGGCCACACCACCUAUGGGGGACGUGCACAUCGCCAUCAUGGACCGGAGCGGCCAGCUGGAGGUGGAAGUGAUUGAAGCUCGGGGCCUGACCUCCAAGCCAGGCUCCAAAUCCCUCCCAGCUACUUAUAUCAAGGUUUACCUGCUUGAGAAUGGGGUCUGCUUGGCCAAGAAGAAGACAAAGGUGGCCAAGAAGACCUGCGAUCCCCUGUACCAGCAGGCUCUGCUCUUUGACGAGGGGCCCCAGGGCAAGGUGCUGCAGGUGAUCGUCUGGGGAGACUACGGCCGCAUGGACCACAAGUGCUUCAUGGGCAUGGCCCAGAUCAUGCUGGAUGAGCUGGACCUGAGCGCCGCAGUUGCCGGCUGGUACAAACUCUUCCCCACGUCCUCAGUGGCAGACUCUACCCUCGGAUCCCUCACCAGGCGCCUGUCGCAGUCCUCCCUGGAGAGUGCCACCAGCCCCUCAUGCUCCUAAGGACCUCAGGAAGAGGAGGGAUGUGGUGUGGGAAGGGGUACCUGCAGGCACCCCACCUCUUCCCCUGUACAUAGUCUAAAUGUCUUUCUGAACCCCUUGCCCUGCUGCAUGCCUGUUGGCUACUGGGCCCGUCCCAGUUGGCAGUGGAGACUGUAGUGUGUGUAUGUGUGUGUGUGCGUAUGUUUGUAUGUGUCUCCGUGUGCCCGCGUUCUAGCCGUUCGUUUGUCUGGGUAUAGUCAGUCUUAGUGACUACAUGGGCUGAAAUUUAUGUCUAUGUCUCAUUGAAAAGAAACCCAAAGGA